UAGAGAGAGAGGAGAGAGAGGCAAUGGCAGGACGUCCAAAAAGCAAAAGGAGGGGUAAUACCCGUAUGGAUGCAGCGGUUGACGCUAUGCGCUCGUAUGGAUUUUCCGAGGAAUUGGUUAAAGAAAUGGUUAGAGAACUUCUCAAUGUUUAUGGUGGGGAUGAUGGAUGGGUCUUUAUUGAAGAAUUUUCUUACACACUUCUCCUUGAUUACAUUCUUGCAAAACAGGAGGGUGAUUCUUCUGCAGCUUCAGCCAUUGGGCCCCCAAGUGGAGUUCGCUUACCCUUAUGCACUAACUCAGAGGCUGUGGAUGCUGAGUGUGAACAAGCAGCAAAUUCUGGUGGCGGUGGAGGUGGAACUCCUGAGAACAUUCUUUUUCAGCGACCUCCACAUAUGUCCCAAUCCCCACUACCGGUGGAUAAUCUUCCUACCCGAAGACGUAAGCCUUACCAUGGGUGGAUCGGUAAUGAUGGUGCGGAUGAUUUAGUGCAUCUAACACCAGCUCCAUUGCGGGAAAGCUUAGAAAAGUUGCUUACACCAGCUGCAUUGCAGGAAAGCUAUGAUAAGUUGCUUAAUGGGAUGAGCAGUCGAAGAAAGCGUAAAUCAGGGUGGGAUGCGAGGCCCCAAGAUAUGUAAUUUUCUAUCAUUUUCUCAUGCUCACAUAGCAUCUUUUGUGGAAUGUGUUUUAGUGUUUCCAUAGGCCUUCUAAUUCAUGUAUAUAAGGACUACUGACUGCAUUCUUAGGUUUUUAGGCUACAUUUUUCACAUGGUAGAUAAAAUUAGAGAGCUUUUCACAUACA